GCCGACGAGCUUCUUCUGCCGGGCGAGCAUCUUAAAGGUGCCCAGAGUAUCCUUCGAUACAUUAAUCAUGUCCCUUCUGUAGUACCUGAGCAGGACACGAGUCUUGCGAUGUCCAUACCUCUCGAGAGUAUUAAAGAGCUUGCCAACUGCCAGACGUCAAUCAAGGCCGGCAGCACGAGCGAUGCCGAAGCAGCCAGCGUCAGCACCAUCUUCCUGAAGCCAAGCCUCUUUACUGAGCUCUUCGGAAACAACACCAACACGAAUGUAGAACAGAAGCGCCCAGACUUGUCACGUUACGGCUACCUCUCCCACAUCCGCCGCGUCGACAAAGAAGCUUUUUACAGCAUCGUUCUCUCCCAUCGUGUUGGGCCAUUCAGUGAGACUGGCCCAGUGCCUGUCAUCGUACAUCUUGUCUCGCUAGAGGGGAUCGAAGAUUUGACGCUUCCACUUGCAGCGGAGACACAGUAUGUUGCCAUUGCCUCGUUGCACAGCUGGUCCUACACCUGUAUGCCACCCCAGUCGUUCGACGUUGAAAGCGCCCUGCGCCAUCUCGGUGAAACCAGUACCUGGCUGCGUGCUACUGCCUCGGCUCCAGUGUCGGAUCCAGAUAACCAGCACGUCAUUGACCGCAUGAGUGAUGGGUACACCCUCACAAAAUAUCGCGUUCAGACGGGCGAGACAACGGCGGCCAAAUUCCGCGGCGCAUUGACACCCAAGUACAUACCCCAUCCUUCCUCAACAAUAUGGAAUAUGCUCUCAGACUCUGGCAUGGAUCUUCAAAUUCUGGAUGAAAAGCUCGGACUGGUGGAUAUCACCUACUAUUCCGCUUGGCAGUUAGGCAAAAAGAUGGCGAUUGCCGACCGAGCGUUCAGCACCGCUCUGACGAAGCUACGCGCAACAAUCCAUGUCUUAGCUAUGGCGCAGGCCAAAGUGAACAUUAAUCGAGAAGGUGUAGCCGCUUCCACAUCUCGCGUGGUGGGAACGCCGGCCAAGGUGCAGGACGACGCGAUCCUGGGAAACAGGACGGGGGACCUAGUCUAUCGCUGGAUCAGCAACAAGCAGGAGCCAGUUGACCUAACUUUGGGCAACAAGGCGCUGGAGGACAAGUAUGCUCGCAACGCACAGAAGGCUGCACAGGAACUGGCCCAGAGCGCCGACGGUGACGAAGAGACGAUAUACAACGAACUUAACAAGCCCAGGAACACGGAUUGGGCGCAGGUGCUGACAUGGAUCCUGGACAAAAUGUUCCUGUCCGACAUCCCGUCCCAGUAUCUUGUCGUGGACCCGAACCACCUCCCGCUGGAGAGCCUGCGUUUCUUCCACAUCGAUGCCAACUGGAUCGACGCCUUCAUCGACGGCGCACUCAGUGUCGGCAGUCAUGUGGAGUCGCGCUUUGACAAAGUCCGCGCGUCCAUCAAGAGGCUUCUGAAUCGCUACGUUACGACGCCUCUCCCGACAGGUCAUCUGCCGCCUGUACCGAGCUUCGGCUUCCUCAUGCGCUCCGAAAUAGUCAGUCGCUUCCCGGACCUGCGUGUGACGGCUGAAUUCGAUACCCCCCGCAUCGAUCCGACCCUGCCUUCAACCCUCCGGCAGGUGGUCUUGUCAGACGGCGUACUGCUCUGCCUGCUCGACGUGUCACCCUUCAGCACUGGGUCGAGCCACCUAACGGGGCUGAAGUUCACUCAGCCGCCGCACCAGCAGUCGUUCGCCAUCGGCCAACGCCUAACCUUGAACGAGCUAAGCACGUCAUAUGGAAGGAUCUAUACGACCUAUGACGACGCAAACAGAGGCCAGCCGCUCUGCGAACCGAAUCUAGAAGUUCUCAGGCGAAACGCCUCGACCGACGCCACGGACCCGCCCGUAUUCAGAUGGGGCCCAAACAACAGUGCGCGGACGGUACAGUUCCCCGCCUGGUCAGACCGUCUACUGGAGCUGCUGCAAGACAGCAUGCCCAAGGACGAAGGGAUCACGUGUGCGGGAACAACCGUGAACUCAGCUAUCGUUGGCAUCCAACUGACUAUGCCCAUCAACGAGUCCCACAUCCUCACAAAUCCAAGUCUACAACCUGUGCAACUUCCUGGUUCCAGCGAGCCGCGGACCUUCUGGGUGCCUGACAUACCAGAUUGGACCGAUGAGCCCGAAAAGACCGACGAUAACGGGGGCGAAGAGGUGCCUCUGCUCCCUAUCGUAGCUCCGCUUGAUCCCCCCGACUCUCAAAGCCGGUUGACAGAGUUGGCUCCAGCGACCGGUCCCUCGCCAGAUCAGGUGUGUGCCAUGAUGCACACGCCAGAGAUGGCCAAAUUUGUGGCCGCAUUGACGGGUACGCCAGAUCUCGGGCCCACAACCGGCCCAUCAGACAAUCCCAGCUACACCCUGCAGAUUUCCUCCAAUGGCAGCGGCGCCGUCGAGCAUGACAGGUCCGUGUGCACAGUGCCCAUGGGCGAGCGCCAGGACUUGGUCUUCUCAGUCACAUUGGCCAAUCCCGAUCUAGAAGGCGAAUUUUUCAUCGAUGAGAUCCACGUGAUAAUACCCAUGGGUGCACCUAGCGGUGAGGGCAAACAUGCGUGUUUGAUGCAGCAGUAUGAUGGGCCGGGCCCGUCGAUGCUCAGCAACCUGCGCUUCAAUGUGCUUGCCUCAGUCGAAGAGAAUGGGGCGAACAUGCUAUUUCGGCUGGUUCCUCGCACUUCGGGAACCGGGGGGGUGCACUUUAAGCUUGCGAGCGAGAUCAGCUUUUUGCUGCACCGGGCCGACAUCAAUACAUUCGCUGAACCCGAGAGGACGGCGCUGGUGACGCUAGUCGAGCGCUACAAGCUGAAUGAAACGGUCCGCGUGCAUGAGUUUACAAAGGUGCAUAGGGUGACUAUGAUACGCUAGAGCUGUGGGUGGAUUUAUGUAGGUCAUAUGGCAGGAGAGUUGGAUGUAUAUUCACAUUCGUCCUUGCCCGACUGUUCUCGUAUUCGGAUGAUACAUUUCUGGCAAAUAAUCCAUUGAUCCCAUCGGGCCCACUGACAAUCCUUAUUGACCAUAUCCCGGUAUUUCCGUUACAUUUUCAACAGCCUUUUUGAAUUCUUAUAAAGCUCUGGCCCCACUUGAAGGAUGGUGGAAUUUACAAAGCGGGGGUCAUUCCUACAUACUCCUCAUGUUUCAACAUCUAAAGAGGCC